GUCUGUCGGUAUACAUGCGCGUGCGGACCACCCUGCAGCCGCUCUGAUUUUGUGGGGGGCUCAGAUUGUGCGGGCUCAUCAUGGCGAGCGACUCUCCGGCCAGGAGUCUGGACGAAAUCGACCUGUCCGCGCUGCGGGACCCUGCAGGCAUUUUCGAGCUAGUGGAGCUUGUGGGAAAUGGGACAUAUGGGCAAGUGUAUAAGGGCCGCCAUGUCAAGACAGGGCAGCUUGCCGCAAUCAAGGUCAUGGAUGUCACGGGGGAUGAAGAGGAGGAAAUCAAAGCAGAGAUCAACAUGCUGAAAAAGUACUCCCACCACCGCAACAUCGCCACUUAUUACGGAGCCUUCGUCAAGAAGAAUCCACCAGGCAUAGACGACCAGCUAUGGUUGGUGAUGGAGUUCUGUGGUGCAGGCUCAGUCACAGACCUGAUAAAGAACACUAAAGGGAACUCCCUGAAGGAGGAGUGGACGGCCUACAUCUGCAGAGAGAUCCUCAGGGGUCUAACCCACCUGCACCAGCAUAAGGUCAUCCACCGUGACAUCAAAGGCCAGAACGUCCUGCUCACAGAGAAUGCAGAGGUCAAACUGGUGGACUUUGGGGUGAGUGCGCAGUUGGAUCGCACGGUUGGUAGGAGGAACACGUUCAUCGGGACACCGUACUGGAUGGCUCCAGAGGUCAUAGCCUGUGACGAAAAUCCAGACGCCACAUAUGACUUCAAGAGUGAUCUGUGGUCUCUGGGGAUCACCGCUAUUGAGAUGGCUGAGGGAGCUCCCCCUCUGUGUGACAUGCACCCCAUGCGAGCUCUGUUCCUCAUUCCCAGGAACCCCGCUCCUCGACUCAAGUCAAAGAAGUGGUCGAAGAAGUUCCAGUCAUUCAUUGACAGCUGUCUAGUGAAGAACCACACGCAGAGGCCCAGCACAGAGCAGUUGCUCAAACACCCCUUCAUCCGGGAUCUGACCAAUGAGCGGCAGGUCCGCAUUCAGCUUAAGGAUCAUAUUGACCGCACCAAGAAGAAAAGAGGAGAGCGGGAUGAGACAGAAUAUGAGUACAGCGGCAGUGAGGAAGAGGAGGAGGAACGGGACAUCGGGGAGCCCAGCUCCAUCAUUAACAUCCCCGGUGAGUCCACCCUGAGGCGGGACUUCCUGCGGCUGCAGCUGGCCAACAAGGAGCGCUCGGAGGCGCUGCGGCGACAGCAGCUGGAGCAGCAGCAGAACGAGGAGCACAAGCGCCAACUGCUGGCUGAGAGGCAGAAGCGUAUAGAGGAGCAGAAGGAGCAGAGGAGGAGGCUGGAGGAGCAACAGCGUCGGGAGAGGGAGCUGCGAAAGCAGCAGGAGAGAGAGCAGAGGAGGCGCUAUGAAGAGAUGGAGCAGCUGCGGAGAGAGGAGGAGAGGAGACACGCCGAGAGGGAGCAGGAGUAUAUCCGUCGUCAGCUGGAGGAGGAGCAGAGGCAGCUGGAGAUCUUGCAGCAGCAGCUUCUGCAGGAGCAGGCUCUCCUUUUGGAGUAUAAGCGGAAGCAGCUGGAGGAGCAGAGGCAGGCGGAGAGGCUGCAGAGGCAGCUUCAGCAGGAGAGAGCGUACCUGGUGUCUCUACAACAGCAGCAGCAGCAGGAGCCUCGACCUGCAGACAAGAAGCAGCUCUAUCACUACAAAGACUCUGUCAACCCCAGCGACAAACCUGCCUGGGCUAAAGAGGUGAUGAAACGAGCUCAGAGUAACUCGCCCCGGCUACCCCCAAAGAACCAUCACCCCUCUGGACACCCUGAGGAGGCACAUGUUUCACGCCUCCCUGACCAUACUCCAGGCCACAUCCCCACCCGACCCCCAUCCUACCCUGCUGCGAUGCCUUCUCAGUCCCAGCGUGAGCGGGCUGAGGUCCAGCUUAGACAGCUGGGUGCAAACUCCAAUGUGCCCAAGAUCCGUGUGUCCUGUGAGCCGGAUCUAGCCCAGCUUGCACACCUGUAUCCAGGCCAGGAGGGUCGUGGCCGCAGCCCCGGCCGAUCCUUUGCACUGGACAGUGAGGUGGAGGAGCGCUCCAAAAUGAAUCGACAAAGCUCUCCGGCCCUGCAACACAAAGUGGCCAAUCGAAUCUCCGACCCUUCGCUGCCCCCUCGUUCCGAGUCUUUCAGCAGUGGUGGCAUUCAGCAGGCCCGCACCCCACCCAUGCACCGCUCAGUCGAGCCCCAGAUGGCUCACCUGGUUUCGGUCAAGUCUCACGGCUCCUCAAUGACGGGCUCCCAGUCGCUUCACGAUCAGUCUUCCCAGGGUGUCUCGGCUUUCCAGGAGAGCCUGUCGCCCCACCGGCCCCCGAUGCCCCGCCAGAACUCUGACCCCACCUCAGAGACCCCAAUGCCGCCACCACGCGUCACAAGUCGGGAAGAGAAGUUUGACCGUAGCUCAUGGCUGAGACAGGAAGAUGAAGUUCCACCUAAGGUUCCUCAGAGGACCACCUCUAUAUCUCCUGCUCUGGUAAGGAAGAACUCUCCUGGGAAUGGACCGGGAGGUCUCGGGCCAAGGCCCGGUUCUCAUCUCAUCCGAGCCAGUAACCCAGACCUGCGAGUUUCCUUGGAGACGGGUCUCCCCAGGACGAGCAGCGGGAGCUCCUCCAGCUCCAGCACACCCAGCUCCCAGGGCGGCUCCAGCGAGAGGAACCGGGUGGGAGGUUCUGGAAAACCUGAGGGUUCCCCAGCCAUUUCCCAGGAGGCUAAACCCAAAACCCAAGAGGAGGGCAGGGAGGUGACCAGACCCAGCCGACCAGCGAGUUAUAAGAGAGCCGUAGAUGAGGACCUCACUGCUCUGGCCAAAGAACUCCGGGAGCUGCGCUCCAACGAGGAGACCAACCGGCCGCCUGUCAAAGUGACCGACUACUCAUCGUCCAGUGAGGACUCAGAAAGCAGCGAGGAGGAGGAGGGAGAGGGCGGAGCUCAUGAUGGAACGGUGCCAGUUAGCGAUAUCCCACGCAUCAUGCCAUCAGCUGGCCAAGGUGUCAGUGAAACAUUUGGUGGAAUGGUUGGCCAGGAAGAUGCCCAUGAAGAGUCCUAUGGAAACAACUCGAAAGACAGCACCCUGAUGAUGAGAGAGAUGUUUGGGGAAAGAAAGCGCUCGGGUCAUGCCGAGAGCAACGGUUUCCCUGGUAACGCCAAUCUUCCCGAUCUAGUGCAGCAAAGCCACUCCCCCUUGGCCACGCCCAGCGAAGGCCCGGGUCGCCACUCCAGUCUGCAUGCGCAGGACCUGCACACUGUGGCUGAAUACGGGAGCGGGUCCAAAGCCUCGUUCACUCCAUUUGUGGACCCGCGGGUGUAUCAGACCUCGCCAACUGAUGAUGAUAAUGAGAACUCCGCCUCAGCUCUCUUUGCUGAUGAGCUGUUGAGGCAGGAGCAGGAGCAGGAGCAAGCUCGGCUUAAUGAGGCACGCAAGAUCUCUGUGGUCAACGUCAACCCCACCAACAUCAGGCCGCACAGCGACACGCCCGAGAUCCGCAAAUACAAAAAGCGCUUCAACUCCGAGAUCCUGUGCGCUGCUCUGUGGGGGGUGAACCUCUUGGUUGGAACUGAAAACGGCCUGAUGUUGCUGGACCGCAGCGGUCAGGGCAAGGUCUAUAACCUCAUCAACCGACGCCGCUUUCAACAGAUGGACGUGUUGGAGGGCCUCAACGUGCUGGUCACCAUCUCUGGCAAAAAGAACAAGCUGAGGGUGUACUACCUGUCGUGGCUCAGGAACAGGAUACUCCACAAUGAUCCUGAGGUGGAGAAGAAGCAGGGCUGGAUCACAGUAGGAGAUUUGGAGGGCUGUGUUCAUUACAAAGUUGUGAAAUAUGAGCGGAUCAAGUUCUUGGUGAUUGCCUUGAAGAACGCUGUGGAGAUUUACGCCUGGGCUCCCAAACCGUACCACAAAUUUAUGGCUUUUAAGUCUUUCACAGAUCUGCAGCAUAAGCCUCAGCUGGUUGACCUGACUGUUGAGGAGGGCCAGAGGUUAAAGGUUAUCUAUGGCUCCAGCGUUGGCUUUCAUGUCAUAGAUGUUGACUCUGGGAACCCGUAUGAUAUCUACAUCCCAUCCCACAUUCAGGGCAGUGUCACCCCCCACGCGAUUGUGGUGCUCCCCAAGACCGACGGGAUGGAGAUGCUUCUGUGUUAUGAAGAUGAGGGGGUCUAUGUGAACACUUACGGCAGAAUCACUAAAGACGUGGUGCUACAAUGGGGAGAGAUGCCCACCUCUGUUGCCUACAUCCACUCCAACCAGAUCAUGGGCUGGGGAGAGAAAGCCAUUGAGAUCCGUUCAGUGGAAACGGGACACCUCGACGGAGUUUUCAUGCACAAGCGAGCUCAGCGAUUGAAGUUCCUCUCCGAGCGAAACGACAAGGUCUUCUUUGCCUCAGUCAGGUCGGGAGGCAGUAGCCAAGUUUUCUUCAUGACCUUGAACAGAAACUCCAUGAUGAACUGGUAACCCAUCUACACCCUUCCCUCCUUUGUACCUGUGGACGUGUUCUGUUUUGAGAAGUGAGGGCAGUCCACGGAGCGUGGAAUAUAGCUGGGCGUUUAGGGAAAGGAAAAAGACUUGCCAGAAGCCGAAGACAUCUGAAUGGUCAGACACGAGUCCACAGUCAGUUAGUGACAGAAUCCACCCCCCCACACACCUUCCCAGACCACCGGAGGGGGGCGCCAGAGAAGAACAACCUCUAUCCUGAAUCUCCUAUGGCUGUGGGGUUCUUAUGUUUUUGUUUUGUUUUGUUUUCCCAAUGACAGAUAUAUUCCCAGUGAUGGUUAUUAUAGUGGAAUGGACCUGAACUGGGAAAGACUCUCCUGAGUAGAGUGACUAUUGACUAUUGAACAAAAUAUUGUAACUGUUAAGACACUUUCAACACAAUAAUUUAUUGCUGUUGGGCUAUACAUGGAAAAAUCCUCUAAAGACCGAACAGUUCUCUGUAGAGGUAGUGAGUGUGUGUGUGUAUGUGGGUAAGUGUAUGGGUGUGUGUGUGUGUGUGUGUGUGAGUGCUCAGCCUUGUAUGUUUUACACUCCAAAUUGUUGAGGAACACAUUUCAUCACCACUUUGUUUUUUUACAGUUACGCUGUAGCCGUGCAAGAGUGUGUGUACUGUAUGUAUGUAUGUCCUAUCUGUGUGUACGGUUGAGUGUUUUGUAUGUUGAAAAAUAAAAGGCUUACCAUCCAUAAGAACAAAAAAAAAAUAAUAGUUAAGACAAACCUUGAAAGGAAUGCCUGGAUGUUUUUGUACGACACAUCAAAAUUACGAGUCGUUCCAAUCCUUAUUUUCUUAGUUUUUUUGGGGGAGGGAAUUCUGGGAAAAUAAAGGUCCGUUUCACAUUGUAAUAAGACUAUGCUGUAGUUUUGUAUUUUAGUUUGGACAUUUAUCACUCUUCGCAAAGUGCAAUAAAGGCUAGGGGAGACCACUGGAGGCAAGUGACUGGAAGUAAGGUGCUCAGCUCUCCCGCAGAUGGAUCCAUCACUCCUAACGUGAGUUAGAGUGAUAACUCCACCACGCCACCCUCUGUGUGUGUGUGUACCCAUCGUGUAAAUGCCCACACCUCGGUUUCCAAACCAAGCGUCUGACCACCAAAACACCCUAAGAACUGUGACUCUGUGAGAGCAGUGUUUUAUUACAGUGUCUGUGUUCUUCAAGCAGUCCACCUGCAAAACUACAGUAAUCCACCCAUGUCAUUGUUUUUUUCCUUGGUCUUAGUUUUGUGAGGGGGGUGAGUUUUGUGAGUCGAGCUUCCUCUAAACCUACCUCAUUUCUUUCAUCUAGUAGUUUCAUUGUAAUCUUGUAUUCAGGUCAUGGCCUACAUUUUCACUGUAGUUUACACAAGGCAAGGCAAUAUUUACACUGUAGGUGAAAUAAUGUGUUGGUCAUCUUGAGCCACCCCAGUGUCUUUAUAUUAUUAGUAAGUGAUAAAUAUUGUGGCCCUGGGUUUUAUUAUAUUUUUAAUUGGCCUUAUAACCUCCCAUUUUUAAUUAUUAUUAUUUUUGCAUUAAAAUGGAUCUUAAUGUAAUUUAGAUACUCCAUUAAAGUGAAAGCUCUAUCUGAUGGUGAUAUUUUUUUUACCUGAGCCCUGUUCAUUCAAAAGUGAAUGAUUCUUUUUUAAACAGUGCCAAAAUGAUAAAAGAGUUAAAUCAACAGCCAAUUAUAUACCAUACAAUUCCUCUAAAGAUGUUGAAAUGUAUGAUAUUGUUAACAGUGAAUUCAGGAUGACAACAGAUUGUUCACAUUUUUUUUCCACACAUUUGUGUGUGAGAACAUGACAGGGAAUAUCUUUAACUUCUUUUUCAGUAACAGACUUCACAGACUGUCUGUCAAAGUUAUCUGUGAGAAAACUCAUUUAGACUCAUUAGACUGAGGGCUGCUGCACUCACUUAUAAAAAAAAUCUCAUGCUGCAUUGAAACUUAAGCUGUAACUGCUUAAAAUUAUAAUCUGUUCUAUUAUAAUAUAAUUCUACUUAUAUUGUUAUCUUCUGCUUGAAAGCAAAACGUCAAGUAAAAUAAUUUACAAUUUACAGAAUUUUUACUUGCAUUUUGUUUGUUUACAUGUAAAAUACAAAAAAAUUAAUUAGCAGAUGUAACACAUUAUCACUAAAAAGAAAAUAAUAUUAAACAAUAUCAAUUAGAAUUUCAACAAAUCAAAUUUGAACUCAUUAUAAUGAAUUGGGAAUGAAACAUAAUUAUUCCAAUUGGGAACUGAAGUAUAAUUCUUGCUUGUAAAUUUUCGGAUUUUUCACAUUUAAUUUCAGAUUUCACAAGUAUUACCAAUUUUACAAAUAAAAUAAUAAAUUGCAAUUCAAACAAUAAAAAGAUAGAUAAAACGUCUUUUCACUGAUUUGGUCUGCCUGUGUCAGCACAUCUGGCAGCGUCUGUGAACACCAAGGAUCGCUGCAGAGAAAAUGGAAAAAGGAAGGUCAAAGGGAAGUUUAUGUAACAGAGUGCUGUUAGACAUUCUGCAAACAGUGGCUGUGAGUGCAGCAGAGAUAAGAGUACUACACGCUGAAAAACGCCCAAGUAACAGAUUUAGGUCACCCUUAGGACAAUUACACAUGAGACCUGGAACAAAACAUCUUACACAUGCCUGGUGCAUUUUCUACAGCAUUAACCUGUGAACUGUGAGUGAGUGUGAGUGUGUGUUUACGCAUGUACGAAAAAAAAUCACUGGUCACCCCUGUUUCUAGUCAGGAUCUUAAGGACAAUAUUACCUUCACAAAAAGAAAACAUGAAACUGUGAUGUGGGGUUGAAAUGUGUCACUCUCUUUCAUGUGCUGCCUGCUAAUGUGGAUUUCUGUAUUUCUUCUCUCAUUUCUAUGGAAUUCUCAUAAAAGAGUGUGCGUGUGUUUGGUCUCACUUUGUCUUAAUCUGGAUUCAAAAUAAUAAAACGGUCUUCACUGUAAGUACAUCCUUUAAUAUUCAGUUUGGUAGUGACUGAUUAAUAGGUUAGAGAUGGUUGUCUGAUUCAUUUAGCCCUUUUUUGUUUAUUGAGACACAGCAUGUGAACUGGGAUACUGGCUGAUAAUAGUAGAAGGGAUGGGUGAAAUGACUGAUUUUCAUUUCUUUUUGAUGGCUGAUCUGAUGAUCUGAUACCAAAAGUCUUCCAAAAAUACAGUGCUUUUCUCAUUUUAAAAGUCUUGGUAUGUUUAAGAUGGAGAAUAACUUCUAAAAACUACAGUGAAAACAAUGACGUAAAAAUGUGUACAUCAAAAAUAUUUGGAAGAGUCUGUUGGUACUGUAUUUCCAUGUGUGGAAAAUAAAAAAACAGGAUUGAAAGUAUCGAUACUUCGAUAUCAAUCCACCCACCCCUAAAAUAAAGUAGCUAAUCAUGUUAUUAAAGCCUAGCUUCUGCAGAAUCCAGCACUAUUUCAGUUUCUCACUUUUUCAAAAAACCCUGAUAUCCACAGCCAAGGUUUAGUAAUUUAAACCUUCCUGUUUUGAGCACACUGAAGCUGCUAGCAUUAGUCUGAAAAAAGACAUACCCAUGUUUAUUCACUUCAAGGAUAUCAUAUCGUUAUUAAUAUUAUGUUUGUUGUAUCAUGCCAUGUUUUUGAAUGCUGCCAAAACAGGAAUGGGUUCUACUGAUGGGGUGAAAAAAAACACUAGAAAAACAUGUAGCUAGGUCUUUACAAAGGUCUUGAUCUUGUCUAAUUUGUGCCUAGUCCAAUGCUCUCACCUGUCUCAUUCUCUCAAUGUAAAGCACCUUGUUUCGGUUGAUUUCCCCCACACUUCUGAUCUCCGUCUUAUCAUAAACUGAGUAUUUUAUAAACAUAGCCCAUUGGUGUGGAACCCAGACUUGCUUGAUAUUCUGAUCCGGCCUGUUUAUUGGUUUGUACAGUACAUCAUUUCUGGUAUGUCAUUGUAUUUGGAAGCAGCAGUAUUAUUGCUGGUUUUGCAAAGGGAUUCUUUUCAAUAGCUGUAUUUUGGAUUAGCUUGUUGGUCUGAAAGUGCUAUGAAAUCUAUAUUAGAAUGUCAGAGAAGAUUAAUAUCAGUGCUUUAUGUAAUAACAGUUUAUCCUAUUUCAGAUUUCUUUUAUGUUUCCUUUUUUCCCAGUAUAGUUCAAUGCUUUCCUUCUGUUUUCCUUAAGAUAAGUUUCUCUGCUGAAUAUAGCCAAACUGAAAUACUGAUACUUUUUUUGUAUGGUGAAAUUUUCCUAUUCUGGUUUUGGGGGAGAAACUAAUUCAACCUAUUUAUGUGUGAAGAAGAGCCUGAAUGGAAUCAACAAUGUAAAUGUUCAAUGUAAACAACUGAAACAAACACCUAAGAGAUGGGUAAGCUAGGUCAAAGGUAGGAUUAUUAGCAAUAAAAAAGUGUAUUACUGAUUUUGAUAAGAUUUUCUGGUAUUUUACUUUUUCUGUCUUAAUUUGGUAGAACAAUGUUGAAAUUGUCAAUGUCCAGAAGUUGGCGGGAUGGCAGGAUUUCAGGGGUUCUAAAUGAAACGGACAUAUGAGCUCCAACUUUGACGAGUACAUUCACAGUUUGUUUCCAUGUAACUUAAAGCAUUGGAACUUUGCUGUUUUUUAAUAAAUUGAUGUAUCAAAUCAAA